AUGAAGCCUCUCCCUGGUCCACAUGAGGAGGACAUAGAAACAAGGCGACCAGCUUCAGACAUCUGUGUGUUUGCCAGCAACUGUACGCUGCAUGGACUGGGCCAUGUCUUUGGACCAGGAGGCUUGACCCUGCGUAGGGGGCUGUGGGCAGGAGCAGUGCUGCUCUCUCUGACUGCCUUCCUCUAUCAAGUGGCAGAACGGAUUGAGUAUUACGGACAGUUUCACCAUGUGACCGUACUGGAUGAACAUGAGAGCCACCACCUUGUCUUCCCUGCUGUCACCCUGUGCAACCUCAACCCACUUCGACGUUCCCAAAUCACACCCAAUGACCUGCAUUGGGCCGGACCUGCCCUGCUGGGCCUUGAGCCUAGAGAGCAUGCUGACUAUCUGAAGGAAUUGGGCCAGCCCCCAGCACCCCCUGGCUUCAUGCCCAGUGCCACUUAUGACCUGUCUGAACUCUAUGCCAGGGCUGGCCAUACCAUGGAUGACAUGUUGCUGGACUGUCGCUACCGAGGACAGGCUUGUGGCCCAGACAACUUCACCAGGAUCUUCACCAGAAUGGGUCAGUGUUUCAUCUUUAAUUCAGGAAUGGAUGGAGCUGAGCUCCUCAGUACUCCUAAAGGAGGUGCUGGCAAUGGGCUGGAGAUAAUGUUGACAGUGCAGCAGGAUGAAUACCUGCCAGUGUGGAAGGAGUCAGAACAAACUCCAUAUGAGGCAGGGAUUCGAGUGCAGAUUCAUAGCCAAGAUGAGCUGCCCGCCAUUGACCAGCUUGGCUUUGGGGUUGCUCCAGGCUACCAGACCUUUGUGUCCUGCCAAAAGCAGCAACUGUUGUACCUGCCACAGCCCUGGGGUAACUGUAGUUCUAUGCUCCCGGACCCUGACUUCUACAUGGGUUCUCUUGAUCUAAGCCCAACCAAUCCCAGCCCAGGCCCUAGGUCAGCCUACAGCCUCUCAGGCUGUCGCCAGGUCUGUGAGACUCGAUUCUUGUCUCGGAAGUGUGGCUGCCGGAUGAUGUACAUGCCUGGCAGUGCCCCCAUAUGCAGCCCCCAACAGUACAAGGACUGUGCCAGAUCUGCCCUAGACAACAUGAUGAGGAAGGACGCCGCCUGCCUCUGCCCCAGCCCCUGUGCCAGCACUCGCUACGCAAAGGAGCUCUCCAUGGUCCGGAUUCCCAGCCGAGCUUCAGCCAACUACCUGGCGCAGAAAUUCAACCGAAGCAAGCAGUAUAUCGAGGAUAAUGUUCUGGUGCUAGACAUCUUCUUCGAGGCACUUAAUUAUGAGACUGUGGAACAGACGAAAGCCUAUGAAGUGGCCGAUCUGCUGGGUGAUAUUGGAGGCCAGAUGGGGCUAUUUAUUGGUGCCAGCCUUCUGACCAUUCUGGAGAUCUUAGACUAUCUCUUUGAGGUUUUCCAAGAUAGGGUUCUUGGCUACUUCCGAAAUAGGAGGAGGUCACAGAAGAGGCCCAGGGACAGCCUGCUCCAACGAGGAAUUGACAUCCACCGUAGCCCAGGAUCCCACCUCACUGCUAUCCCCAGGCCUUCCACUCCACCCUGUGCUGUCACCAGGACUGUUUCUACUUCACACCGGACCUGCUACCUGGUCACUCGCCUCUAG